UGCUCUGGUCCUGUAGCUACCAGUGUGCAUGUGCUAAGCCAGGGAGGGACACUUUGCAAGAAAACAUUCUGUUCCAUUUAGAACUGAAACGUUUUUCACACAUAAACUGAGGUAAUCAAACGAUCUUCAAAAUGUCAAAGAGACAAGAAGCUGUGUUCAGAGGCAUCAAAAAGCAAGUAUCAGCUCAGAACUUGCUAGAAUCUAAAAUCAUUGAUAAAACCAUUUUUGAAGAUCUAAGUACUGGUAAAGUCACAGUAGAUCAAGUAAGCAAUAUGGAUUCAGUACGCAAGUACUUGCAGGGCACCGACUGUAUUGCAGGAGUGUUUGUGCAGUCCACCAAACAGACCAUGCGCAUCCAUGAAGCAAAAUGCAAAGGACUUCUGACGCCUGGAACAUCACUGGUUUUAUUGGAGGCUCAAGCUGCUACCGGAUUUAUAGUCGAUCCCUUGCAGAACAAAAAACUAUCUGUAGAAGAAGCUGUGGAUCAGGGAGUUGUGGGGCCUGAAUGGAAAAACAAGCUACUUUCUGCAGAGAAGGCAGUCACUGGCUACACUGACCCACACACUGGAAACACCAUCUCAUUGUUCCAGGCCUUAAAGAAAGAUCUCAUUGUCAAAGAUCAUGGUAUCCGUCUUUUGGAAGCACAGAUUGCCACUGGAGGCAUCAUUGAUCCAGUGUACAGCCACCGUGUGCCUGUAGAGGUGGCUUACCAGAGAGGAUAUUUUGAUGAAGAAAUGAACCAGAUUCUAGAUGACCCAAGCGAUGACACCAAGGGUUUCUUUGACCCCAACACACAGGAAAACCUCACCUACUUGCAACUACUUGACAGGUGUAUGAAAGACCCACACACUGGGCUAAGGCUCCUUGUCAUUGCGAAAAAAGGAGAGUUUUACUUUUACAUUGAUGAACGUACAAAGAAAAUCCUCCAGUCCACAACGACAAACAAGGCAUGGGGAAAAUUCCAAGGAAAGGAGGUUUCCCUCUGGGAUCUCAUCCACUCCGAGUACAUUGAAGAGGAAAAGAAACGAGAUCUGAUUCAGCAAUUCAAAUCUGGCACAAUAACAAUUAAAAAUUUCCUGGAGCAGGUACUAACAAUUAUACGACAGAAAACAUCCAGCACGACUGUUACGACUACCACCACUACAAUUGAAAAAAAAAAAUCUUUUUUUCGUGGAAUCAAAAAGCAAGUAACAGCUCAGAACUUGCUGGAAUCUAGAAUCAUUGAUAAAACCAUUUUUGAAGAUCUUAAUACUGGUAAAGUCACAGUGGAUCAAGUAAGCAACAUGGAUUCAGUACGCAAGUAUUUGCAGGGCACCGACUGUAUUGCAGGAGUGUUUGUGCAGUCCACCAAACAGACCAUGAGCAUCCAUGAAGCCAAAUGCAAAGGACUUCUGACCCCUGGAACAUCACUGGUUUUAUUGGAGGCUCAAGCUGCUACCGGAUUUAUGGUCGAUCCCUUGCAGAACAAAAAACUAUCUGUAGAAGAAGCUGUGGAUCAGGGAGUCGUGGGGCCUGAAUGGAAAAACAAGCUACUUUCUGCAGAGAAGGCAGUCACUGGCUACACUGACCCACACACUGGAAACACCAUCUCAUUGUUCCAGGCCUUAAAGAAAGAUCUCAUUGUCAAAGAUCAUGGUAUCCGUCUUUUGGAAGCACAGAUUGCCACUGGAGGCAUCAUUGAUCCAGUGUACAGCCACCGUGUGCCUGUAGAGGUGGCUUACCAGAGAGGAUAUUUUGAUGAAGAAAUGAACCAGAUUCUAGAUGACCCAAGCGAUGACACCAAGGGUUUCUUUGACCCCAACACACAGGAAAACCUCACCUACUUGCAACUACUUGACAGGUGUAUGAAAGACCCACACACUGGGCUAAGACUCCUUGUCAUUGCGAAAAAGGGAGAGUUUUACUUUUACAUUGAUGAACAUACAAAGAAAAUCCUCCAGUCCACUACCACAAACAAGGCAUGGGGAAAAUUCCAAGGAAAAGAGGUUUCCCUCUGGGAUCUCAUCCACUCCGAGUACAUUGAAGAGGAAAAGAAACGAGAUCUGAUUCAGCAAUUCAAAUCUGGCACAAUAACAAUUGAAAAUUUCCUGGAGCAGGUACUAACAAUUAUACGACAGAAAACAUCCAGCACGACUGUUACGACUACCACCACUACAAUUGAAAAAAAAUUUCCUUUUUUUCGUGGAAUCAAAAAGCAAGUAACAGCUCAGAACUUGCUGGAAUCUAGAAUCAUUGAUAAAACCAUUUUUGAAGAUCUUAAUACUGGUAAAGUCACAGUAGAUCAAGUAAGCAACAUGGACUCAGUACGCAAGUACUUGCAGGGCACCGACUGUAUUGCAGGAGUGUUUGUGCAGUCCACCAAACAGACAAUGAGCAUCCAUGAAGCCAAAUGCAAAGGACUUCUGACGCCUGGAACAUCACUGGUUUUAUUGGAAGCUCAAGCUGCUACCGGAUUUAUGGUCGAUCCCUUGCAGAACAAAAAACUAUCUGUAGAAGAAGCUGUGGAUCAGGGAGUUGUGGGGCCUGAAUGGAAAAACAAGCUACUUUCUGCAGAGAAGGCAGUUACUGGCUACACUGACCCACACACUGGAAACACCAUCUCAUUGUUCCAGGCCUUAAAGAAAGAUCUCAUUGUCAAAGAUCAUGGUAUCCGUCUUUUGGAAGCACAGAUUGCCACUGGAGGCAUCAUUGAUCCAGUGUACAGCCACCGUGUGCCUGUAGAGGUGGCUUACCAGAGAGGAUAUUUUGAUGAAGAAAUGAACCAGAUUCUAGAUGACCCAAGCGAUGACACCAAGGGUUUCUUUGACCCCAACACACAGGAAAACCUCACCUACUUGCAACUACUUGACAGGUGUAUGAAAGACCCACACACUGGGCUAAGGCUCCUUGUCAUUGCGAAAAAGGGAGAGUUUUACUUUUACAUUGAUGAACAUACAAAGAAAAUCCUUCAGUCUACUACCACAAACAAGGCAUGGGGAAAAUUUCAAGGAAAGGAGGUUUCCCUCUGGGAUCUCAUCCACUCCGAGUACAUUGAAGAGGAAAAGAAACGAGAUCUGAUUCAGCAAUUCAAAUCUGGCACAAUAACAAUUGAAAAUUUCCUGGAGCAGGUACUAACAAUUAUACGACAGAAAACAUCCAGCACGACUGUUACGACUACCACCACUACAAUUGAAAAAAAAAAAUCUUUUUUUCGUGGAAUCAAAAAGCAAGUAACAGCUCAGAACUUGCUGGAAUCUAGAAUCAUUGAUAAAACUAUUUUUGAAGAUCUUAAUACUGGUAAAGUCACAGUGGAUCAAGUAAGCAACAUGGAUUCAGUACGCAAGUAUUUGCAGGGCACCGACUGUAUUGCAGGAGUGUUUGUGCAGUCCACCAAACAGACAAUGAGCAUCCAUGAAGCCAAAUGCAAAGGACUUCUGACGCCUGGAACAUCACUGGUUUUAUUGGAAGCUCAAGCUGCUACCGGAUUUAUGGUCGAUCCCUUGCAGAACAAAAAACUAUCUGUAGAAGAAGCUGUGGAUCAGGGAGUUGUGGGGCCUGAAUGGAAAAACAAGCUACUUUCUGCAGAGAAGGCAGUCACUGGCUACACUGACCCACACACUGGAAACACCAUCUCAUUGUUCCAGGCCUUAAAGAAAGAUCUCAUUGUCAAAGAUCAUGGUAUCCGUCUUUUGGAAGCACAGAUUGCCACUGGAGGCAUCAUUGAUCCAGUGUACAGCCACCGUGUGCCUGUAGAGGUGGCUUACCAGAGAGGAUAUUUUGAUGAAGAAAUGAACCAGAUUCUAGAUGACCCAAGCGAUGACACCAAGGGUUUCUUUGACCCCAACACACAGGAAAACCUCACCUACUUGCAACUACUUGACAGGUGUAUGAAAGACCCACACACUGGGCUAAGGCUCCUUGUCAUUGCGAAAAAGGGAGAGUUUUACUUUUACAUUGAUGAACAUACAAAGAAAAUCCUCCAGUCCACUACCACAAACAAGGCAUGGGGAAAAUUCCAAGGAAAGGAGGUUUCCCUCUGGGAUCUCAUCCACUCCGAGUACAUUGAAGAGGAAAAGAAACGAGAUCUGAUUCAGCAAUUCAAAUCUGGCACUAUAACCAUCGAAUACUUCUUGGAGCAGGUACUAUCAAUUAUACGACAGAAAACAUCAAGCAUGACUGUUACCACUACCACCACCACAACUGAAAAAAAAUCUCUUAAGUUUCGAGGAAUCAAAAAGCAAGUAACAGCUCAGAACUUGCUGGAAUCUAGAAUCAUUGAUAAAACUAUUUUUGAAGAUCUUAAUACUGGUAAAGUCACAGUGGAUCAAGUAAGCAACAUGGAUUCAGUACGCAAGUAUUUGCAGGGCACCGACUGUAUUGCAGGAGUGUUUGUGCAGUCCACCAAACAGACAAUGAGCAUCCAUGAAGCCAAAUGCAAAGGACUUCUGACGCCUGGAACAUCACUGGUUUUAUUGGAAGCUCAAGCUGCUACCGGAUUUAUGGUCGAUCCCUUGCAGAACAAAAAACUAUCUGUAGAAGAAGCUGUGGAUCAGGGAGUUGUGGGGCCUGAAUGGAAAAACAAGCUACUUUCUGCAGAGAAGGCAGUCACUGGCUACACUGACCCACACACUGGAAACACCAUCUCAUUGUUCCAGGCCUUAAAGAAAGAUCUCAUUGUCAAAGAUCAUGGUAUCCGUCUUUUGGAAGCACAGAUUGCCACUGGAGGCAUCAUUGAUCCAGUGUACAGCCACCGUGUGCCUGUAGAGGUGGCUUACCAGAGAGGAUAUUUUGAUGAAGAAAUGAACCAGAUUCUAGAUGACCCAAGCGAUGACACCAAGGGUUUCUUUGACCCCAACACACAGGAAAACCUCACCUACUUGCAACUACUUGACAGGUGUAUGAAAGACCCACACACUGGGCUAAGGCUCCUUGUCAUUGCGAAAAAGGGAGAGUUUUACUUUUACAUUGAUGAACAUACAAAGAAAAUCCUCCAGUCCACUACCACAAACAAGGCAUGGGGAAAAUUCCAAGGAAAGGAGGUUUCCCUCUGGGAUCUCAUCCACUCCGAGUACAUUGAAGAGGAAAAGAAACGAGAUCUGAUUCAGCAAUUCAAAUCUGGCACUAUAACCAUCGAAUACUUCUUGGAGCAGGUACUAUCAAUUAUACGACAGAAAACAUCAAGCAUGACUGUUACCACUACCACCACCACAACUGAAAAAAAAUCUCUUAAGUUUCGAGGAAUCAAAAAGCAAGUAACAGCUCAGAACUUGCUGGAAUCUAGAAUCAUUGAUAAAACUAUUUUUGAAGAUCUUAAUACUGGUAAAGUCACAGUGGAUCAAGUAAGCAACAUGGAUUCAGUACGCAAGUAUUUGCAGGGCACCGACUGUAUUGCAGGAGUGUUUGUGCAGUCCACCAAACAGACAAUGAGCAUCCAUGAAGCCAAAUGCAAAGGACUUCUGACGCCUGGAACAUCACUGGUUUUAUUGGAAGCUCAAGCUGCUACCGGAUUUAUGGUCGAUCCCUUGCAGAACAAAAAACUAUCUGUAGAAGAAGCUGUGGAUCAGGGAGUUGUGGGGCCUGAAUGGAAAAACAAGCUACUUUCUGCAGAGAAGGCAGUCACUGGCUACACUGACCCACACACUGGAAACACCAUCUCAUUGUUCCAGGCCUUAAAGAAAGAUCUCAUUGUCAAAGAUCAUGGUAUCCGUCUUUUGGAAGCACAGAUUGCCACUGGAGGCAUCAUUGAUCCAGUGUACAGCCACCGUGUGCCUGUAGAGGUGGCUUACCAGAGAGGAUAUUUUGAUGAAGAAAUGAACCAGAUUCUAGAUGACCCAAGCGAUGACACCAAGGGUUUCUUUGACCCCAACACACAGGAAAACCUCACCUACUUGCAACUACUUGACAGGUGUAUGAAAGACCCACACACUGGGCUAAGGCUCCUUGUCAUUGCGAAAAAGGGAGAGUUUUACUUUUACAUUGAUGAACAUACAAAGAAAAUCCUCCAGUCCACUACCACAAACAAGGCAUGGGGAAAAUUCCAAGGAAAGGAGGUUUCCCUCUGGGAUCUCAUCCACUCCGAGUACAUUGAAGAGGAAAAGAAACGAGAUCUGAUUCAGCAAUUCAAAUCUGGCACUAUAACCAUCGAAUACUUCUUGGAGCAGGUACUAUCAAUUAUACGACAGAAAACAUCAAGCAUGACUGUUACCACUACCACCACCACAACUGAAAAAAAAUCUCUUAAGUUUCGUGGAAUCAAAAAGCAAGUAACAGCUCAGAACUUGCUGGAAUCUAGAAUCAUUGAUAAAACCAUUUUUGAAGACCUAAGUACUGGUAAGGUCACAGUAGAUCAAGUAAGCAAUAUGGAUUCAGUACGCAAGUACUUGCAGGGCACCGACUGUAUUGCAGGAGUGUUUGUGCAGUCCACCAAACAGACCAUGCGCAUUCAUGAAGCCAAAUGCAAAGGACUUCUGACGCCUGGCACAUCAUUGGUUUUAUUGGAGGCUCAAGCUGCUACCGGAUUUAUAGUCGAUCCCGUGCAGAACAAAAAACUAUCUGUAGAAGAAGCUGUGGAUGAGGGAGUCGUGGGGCCUGAAUGGAAAAACAAGCUACUUUCUGCAGAGAAGGCAGUCACUGGCUACACUGACCCACACACUGGAAACACCAUCUCAUUGUUCCAGGCCUUAAAGAAAGAUCUCAUUGUCAAAGAUCAUGGUAUCCGUCUUUUGGAAGCACAGAUUGCCACUGGAGGCAUCAUUGAUCCAGUGUACAGCCACCGUGUCCCUGUAGAGGUGGCUUACCAGAGAGGAUAUUUUGAUGAAGAAAUGAACCAGAUUCUAGAUGACCCAAGCGAUGACACCAAGGGUUUCUUUGACCCCAACACACAGGAAAACCUUACCUACUUGCAACUACUUGACAGGUGUAUGAAAGACCCACACACUGGGCUAAGGCUCCUUGUCAUUGCGAAAAAGGGAGAGUUUUACUUUUACAUUGAUGAACAUACAAAGAAAAUCCUCCAGUCCACUACCACAAACAAGGCAUGGGGAAAAUUCCAAGGAAAGGAGGUUUCCCUCUGGGAUCUCAUCCACUCUGAGUACAUUGAAGAGGAAAAGAAACGAGAUCUGAUUCAGCAAUUCAAAUCUGGCACUAUAACCAUCGAAUACUUCUUGGAGCAGGUACUAUCAAUUAUACGACAGAAAACAUCAAGCAUGACUGUUACCACUACCACCACCACAACUGAAAAAAAAUCUCUUAAGUUUCGAGGAAUCAAAAAGCAAGUAACAGCUCAGAACUUGCUGGAAUCUAGAAUCAUUGAUAAAGCCAUUUUUGAAGACCUAAGUACUGGUAAGGUCACAGUAGAUCAAGUAAGCAAUAUGGAUUCAGUACGCAAGUACUUGCAGGGCACCGACUGUAUUGCAGGAGUGUUUGUGCAGUCCACCAAACAGACCAUGCGCAUCCAUGAAGCCAAAUGCAAAGGACUUCUGACGCCUGGCACAUCAUUGGUUUUAUUGGAGGCUCAAGCUGCUACCGGAUUUAUAGUCGAUCCCGUGCAGAACAAAAAACUAUCUGUAGAAGAAGCUGUGGAUGAGGGAGUCGUGGGGCCUGAAUGGAAAAACAAGCUACUUUCUGCAGAGAAGGCAGUCACUGGCUACACUGACCCACACACUGGAAACACCAUCUCAUUGUUCCAGGCCUUAAAGAAAGAUCUCAUUGUCAAAGAUCAUGGUAUCCGUCUUUUGGAAGCACAGAUUGCCACUGGAGGCAUCAUUGAUCCAGUGUACAGCCACCGUGUCCCUGUAGAGGUGGCUUACCAGAGAGGAUAUUUUGAUGAAGAAAUGAACCAGAUUCUAGAUGACCCAAGCGAUGACACCAAGGGUUUCUUUGACCCCAACACACAGGAAAACCUCACCUACUUGCAACUACUUGACAGGUGUAUGAAAGACCCACACACUGGGCUAAGGCUCCUUGUCAUUGCGAAAAAAGGAGAGUUUUACUUUUACAUUGAUGAACAUACAAAGAAAAUCCUCCAGUCCACUACCACAAACAAGGCAUGGGGAAAAUUCCAAGGAAAGGAGGUUUCCCUCUGGGAUCUCAUCCACUCCGAGUACAUUGAAGAGGAAAAGAAACGAGAUCUGAUUCAGCAAUUCAAAUCUGGUACAAUAACAAUUGAAAAUUUCCUGGAGCAGGUACUAACAAUUAUACGACAGAAAACAUCCAGCACGACUGUUACGACUACCACCACUACAAUUGAAAAAAAAUCUCUUAAUUUUCGUGGAAUCAAAAAGCAAGUGUCAGCAAAGAACUUGCUGGAAUCUAAAAUCAUUGAUCAAACAAUUUUUGAAGAUCUAAGUACUGGUAAGGUCACAGUAGAUCAAGUAAGCAAUAUGGAUUCAGUACGCAAGUACUUGCAGGGCACUGACUGUAUUGCAGGAGUGUUUGUGCAGUCCACCAAACAGACCAUGCGCAUCCAUGAAGCCAAAUGCAAAGGACUUCUGACGCCUGGAACAUCACUGGUUUUAUUGGAGGCUCAAGCUGCUACCGGAUUUAUAGUCGAUCCUUUGCAGAACAAAAAACUAUCUGUAGAAGAAGCUGUGGAUCAGGGAGUCGUGGGGCCUGAAUGGAAAAACAAGCUACUUUCUGCAGAGAAGGCAGUCACUGGCUACACUGACCCAUACACUGGAAACACCAUCUCAUUGUUCCAGGCCUUAAAGAAAGAUCUCAUUGUCAAAGAUCAUGGUAUCCGUCUUUUGGAAGCACAGAUUGCUACUGGAGGCAUCAUUGAUCCAGUGUACAGCCACCGAGUGCCAGUAGAGGUGGCUUACCAGAGAGGAUAUUUUGACAAAGAAAUGAACCAGAUUCUUUCUGAUUCAGGUGAUGACACCAAGGGUUUCUUUGACCCCAACACAAAGGAGAACCUUACCUACUUGCAACUACUUGAUCGAUGCAUCAAAGAUCCACACACUGGAUUGACCUUACUAACCUUAAGAAAAUGAAAAAAAAAAAAAGCUUUGCAUAACUUACGAAAUAUAUACUGUCUGGGCAAAAAGGUUUCACUGCAGCACACAAUGUGGUGGCCAGUUCCUGUGUGAAAAUAAUUUCUCAUCCCCCAGAACCCCUCUUCCACAAUCUGAGUCUUAAAAUAUGCCUGUGUCAUCAGGGACAAAAACCGCUUUCGUGUAAUACCCUGACCAUUCAGGUUAUCAGCUAACCUUACCUACUUGCCACAUAACGCUGCUGAGCCUAGACUUGACCUGCUGAAACCAUCCCAGAUUAUAACACUGUCUCCAGAGUCUUGUACAAUGAACAUUAUGCAUGACCUUGCAUUCCUGCACUUCUUUUCCUAUGGAGACAUAUAAAUUACUCUUUAGUAGUGUCAAUUGGAGUUCAUCAGAAUGCAUGACUUUUUCCAUUGCUUUUAAGUCCAAUUUUUAUUAUCCCUAACAUAUUCAACCUAUUUUCUGAUUAUUCUUACAAACAAGGCCAUAUGUCCCAAUCCUGUAAGUUCCUCACAUAUGGAGGUGCUCUUACAUUCAGUUAAAAACAGCUAUUAUUUUUUUUUAAAAUUUACCAUUCUACUUUACCAAGUGUUUAGUGAUCUCCCUUAGGCGUAGAGACCUUAUUUUAUCCUUCUCCAAGAAGUUUUAUUUGUAAAAUAUUUGUCCUAUACCACUUACUCAUUGGAUUUGUGAAGUGGUUAUAAAUGAACUGAGAAAAUAUGUUUCAGGUAGAUAAAACUUUGUCUUUGUAAAGAAAAAAAAAUUAUUAAUGAGUAAAUGUAGAUAUAAGAUAUAUGUAAAAAAGUGGGUGUUUUCUUUUUAUUGGUCAUUUUUACAGUUCUUUAUACAAAAAAAUGUAUUUGGUAAGAUUUAUAUAUCCUAUGAUUCAAACAAUCUAUUGACCAGCAUUGGUUUCAGAAAAUCAUUUAUUUAUCCUGUUAGAUAAAUUCUGAGGAAAAUAACUGCAAGGAAUCAUAAUGUUAUACAAUUAUCUUUCUUCAAAAAACUGUAAGACAACUUUAAAGCAUGUUUAAGCAAUGCUUACAUUUAAACGAAUAAUAAACUUUCCAUUUUAAAA